CAGGAUGGAUCCCGGCAGCGGCCGCCGCAGAAGAAGAAGACGGUGUCCUUCAGCACCAUGCCCAACGACCGCAAGAUCAACAGCACGGCUGCCUGCAUCUCCUUCAUGCUGGAGGGCUGCGAGCUGAAGAAGGUGCGCUCCAACUCCCGCAUGUACAGCCGCUUCUUUGUGCUGGAUGCUGACAUGCGCUCUGUGCGCUGGGAGCCCUCCAAGAAGGACUCGGAGAAGGCCAAGAUCGAGAUCAAGUCAGUCAAAGAGGUGCGUGUGGGCAAGAAGACGCCCGUCCUGCGCAGCAACGGCCUCUCCGACCAGUUCCCGGACGAGUGCGCCUUCUCCAUCAUCUAUGGAGACAAUUAUGAGUCCCUGGACCUGGUGGCCAGCUCAGCCGACGUGGUGAGCGCCUGGGUGAUGGGGCUGCGGUACCUGGUGUCCUACGGGAAACACACACCCGAGGCGCCUGGGACCAGCCACCCCAGCCUCCGGACCUCCUGGAUCUCCUCCGUCUUUGACCUCGCUGACCUAGAGAAGUCUGGCCACAUCCCUGUGUCCCGGGCUGUGCAGCUGAUCAAAGCCCUCAACCCAGGCAUGAGGACCUCCACCAUCGAGCUGAAGUUCAAGGAGCUGCAGAAGGCCAGUGAGCGUCCUGGCACGGAGGUGGCCUGUGACCUCUUCGUGGAGGCGUACUGCGAGCUCUGCACCCGCCCCGAGAUCUUUUUCCUUCUGGUGCAGUUCUCCAGCAACAAGGAGUACUUGGGGCUGAAGGACCUGCUGAUGUUCCUGGAGGUGGAGCAGGGCAUGGAGGGGGUGACGGAAGAGAAGUGCUUGGAGAUCGUUGGCAAGUAUGAGCCCUCCAAGGAGGGCCGUGAGAAGGGCUACCUGGCCAUCGAUGGCUUCACACGCUACCUGCUCUCCGCGGACUGCUCCAUCUUCGACCCGCAGCACCGCAAGGUGUGCCAGGACAUGGCGCAGCCCCUCUCCCACUACUACAUCAGCUCUGCCCACAGCGCCUGCCUGCUGGAGGACAACUUCUGGGGCCGCUCGGACAUCAGCGGCUACCUUAGUGCCCUGGGCCUGGGCUGCCGCAGCAUCGAGCUGGUGCUGUGGGGCGGCUCCGCCUACCCCCUCAUCCUCUGCCUGGUGGUGCGUUGCUCAGCCCCCCAGCAGCGCCUUGCCGCCCAGUGCCUGCGCAAGACACUGGGGGAGAAACUGUACCUGGAGCCCCCCAACCCCGCCGCCUCCUACCUGCCCUCCCCGGAGCAGCUCAAGGGCCGCAUCCUCAUCAAGGGCAAGAAGCUGCCGCCCGGCUGCGAGGACAGCGAGGGGGAGGUGUCGGACGAGGAGGAAGGCUGGGAGCUGGCGCGGCGGCUGGGCCAGGAGGACCGGGAGGUGCCGGAGGGAGGUGGCCCGCGGCGGGUGCGCCUCAGCCGGGAGCUCUCGGAGCUGGUGAGCCUUUGCCAGGCUGUCCCCUUCCAGGACUUUGAGAGCUCGCGGCGCGGGCAGCGCUACUGGGAGAUGUGCUCCUUCAGCGAGGUGGAGGCAGGACGCUUCGCCAACGAGUGCCCGGCCGAGCUGGUGAGCUACAACAAGCGGUUCCUCUCCCGCAUCUACCCCAGCCCCAUGCGCAUCGACGCCAGCAACAUGAACCCCCAGGACUUCUGGAAGUGCGGCUGCCAGAUGGUGGCCAUGAACUACCAGACGCCGGGGCUCAUGAUGGACCUGAACGCGGGCUGGUUCCGGCAGAACGGAGCCUGCGGCUAUGUCCUCCGCCCCGCCAUCAUGCGGGAGGAGGUCUCCUACUUCAGUGCCAACGCCAAGGACUCCUUGCCUGGGGUGCCUGCCCAGCUCCUGCACCUCAAGGUCAUCAGUGGGCAGAACCUGCCCAAGCCCAAGGGCUCGGGGGCCAAGGGGGGGGUGGUGGAGCCCUAUGUCUGCGCCGAGAUCCACGGCAUCCCGGCCGACUGCGCCGAGCACCGCACCAAGACGGCCCUGCAGAGCGGGGACAACCCUGUCUUUGAUGAGAGCCUGGAGUUCCAGAUCAACCUGCCAGAGCUGGCCGUCCUGCGCUUUGUCGUGCUGGAUGAUGACUACAUCGGGGACGAGUUCAUCGCCCAGUACACCAUCCCCUUCGAGUGCCUGCAGCCUGGCUACCGCCAUGUCCCCUCCAGUUCCCUGGCUGGGGAGCCCCUGGCCCACGCCACCCUCCUUGUCCACGGCGCCACUGACCGCCGCGGCGGAGGCAGGGGGCACCGCCGGGGGCUGGCAGGGCGCCGGGGCCGCCGGGUGCGGGAGUACACCUCCACCAAGGCCACCGGCAUCAAGGCCAUCGACGAGGUCUUCCGGACGGCCCCCCAGCCACUGCGGGAGGCCACCGACCUGCGAGAGAAUGUGCAGAAUGCGCUGGUCUCCUUCAAGGAGCUGUGUGGCCUGACGCCCGCCGCCAACAUGAAGCAGUGCAUCCUGACGGUGGCAACGUGGCUGCUGCACAGUGACAGUGCGCCCAGCGUCACCCUCAACCUGGCAGAGCAGUACCCCCCCAUGGAGGCCCAGGGCCCUAUCCCGGACCUGCUGCGCAAGGUCCUCACCGCCUACGAGACGUGCCUGGCCAGGUUUGCCGCUGCUCCGGCUAAGCUGCCUGAGCCCCGGGGGGAGGUGGGAGCAGCAGAUGGCGAGGGGGAGGCAUGA